AAGACGCUAAUGAAAAUUUGAUACUCAAUGAAAAUUCAAUUCAAGAAAAUUUUUCAGCAGAAAAUAAUCAUGAUACUAGCAAAGAUUUAGAACAACCUCCUGUAAAUGAAAUUUAUGAAGAACAAUUUGCCAAUGAUGAAGAAGGAAUAUAUUAUCCAAUUCCACAUAAAAAUGGUGAAGGUAACCGUUGUGAAACUCCAUUAGCAAAACAUUACAUCACCUCAUUUGAGAAAGACGUUUUGAGUUCAGAAUAUGAAGAGGCUAAAGCGGCAUUGAAAAUGAAUGCAGCAUGUUCAUAUUGGAUAGGUUCUAGGGAACGGAUAAUGAAUCAAAUGGUUAUAUACAAAGAUCAUCCAGAAAUUCUUGAUAUGGGUUAUGAUUCAAACAAUGGAACGCCUGUAGGUAUGAUUAUACCACAAACAUUGACAAUGGGUACCAUUACUCGUCGAGCGGUGGAAAAAACCUGGAUGACGGCGA